GUCAUGACGUCUUAUAUAUAUCCACAUCUCUCUUCUCUCUCUCUUUCCAUCGUUUCACACUUUCUCCCUCCUCCAAUUGGCUCCAACCGCGAGCGUAUACCCAGCUUUUGGAUUGGGUUGUUGCCGCCCCUGUGAGUUCCAGUGCUGUCGUUGGGAAGGAAAACCCUAACCCUCUCCAUAAUUCGAUCUGUCUCUCCUUCUUCUUAUUGUGAAGGAAGGAAAACCCUAAUUUUGUCAUCGGACUGUGUUAUUCAAUAAAAUUCGCGUUUCAACGAAGGGGGAUUUUAAUUCAUUCCACUCACUGGACUUUCAUAUUCGAUCUGGAGGGGCUUUCAAUCGAAUAGGCCUUCCAGGAGAGGGGUUUUGAAUGGGAGAAGGCAAUGCUUGCGUAACAGCGUUGACAGAUGGCGAGAUACCGCAGGAGAGUUCAUCAAGAAUCGAAUCAAAACGUGAUCAUCAAUCGGUUGUAGAUGCUACCGAACCGGAACCAUUCCCCAGCAAGAAGCAAGCAAAAGAAACAUCAAACGAAGAAUCUAACUCUGAAGUUCUGAAUCCCAAUGUUUCACCCAGAGAGAAUACGUCUAGCUGUCGAACUAUCUCCAGCCAACCUGUUGAGUUGGUCAGCGAUAGCCGUCUGGGAUGUGGUGACGAGACGUCUACCAGUAUGGGCAAUUCAAGCAUGGAGAGUAUGAGUGAUGAUGAACUUGAGCUUCUUCAUAGUAGAAACAAUGUUUCUCCUGUUGCUGAAUCUACCAUAUCGCAAGUUGUAAUGGAGGCAUCAAAUCCUGUUGGCUCCUGCGGAGUUAGAAGACUAAUAUUCAAGUUCAGCAAGAGAAAGGAGGACUACAACAAUGGAGAGCCAUCUUCCCUAGCUCAGCCUGAAAGGAAGGGAGUAGACAAUUUCCUCGAUUGCAAGAAGCCCGAGGUGAACUCCUUGGCAUUGACUGGGUCGAGUGUGGACAUGCUCAUGGGUACUUCGGGGAGGGGCUUUUUUGAAACAGAAAACGAUGACCCCGAAAGAAAAAUGGAAUUAAAGAUGUCCAAGAAGGUUGGUUUUAACAGUUACAUUACAAAUGUCAAAAAGUUGUUCUCAACCGGUAUUCUAGAAGGGGCUCUUGUGAAGUAUAUUUCAUUUGCUCGAAAGAAAGAGCUUCGUGGAGUUAUAAGAGGCUGGGGUUAUUUGUGUGGUUGUCCACUAUGUAAUUUUACACAAGUUCUCAAUGCUUAUGAGUUUGAGCAGCAUGCUGGAUGCAGAACUAAACAUCCCAAUGAUAACAUAUUCCUGGAGAAUGGGAAGUCUGUUCAUGGUAUUGUCCAGGAGUUGAAGAGCACUCCUCUUCACUUGUUGCAAGAGGUGAUUCAUGCAGUUGCUGGUUCAUCAGUCAAUGAGAAAACCUACCUGGCUUGGAAAGAAUCACUCCAAAUGGUAAAAGCUCAACAUAUUAAUGAGAAGGUUGGAAAAGAGAACCGAUAUCUACUGAAGCAUCUUGACUUGAGUCAUUCAACUGCAAGCUGCACUAGCCAACAAAUUACAAACAGCCUUGAUCAUGCUUCAGGUUUCUUUCCACAGAAGUUUCCUAUAAAACAGAAGAGUUCAAUGAAGCAAAAAACAGCAAAAGUGCGGAAACAAAUAACAAAAAGGAUGAAUUCCAACACUUGUAACUCUGCUGCGCAACAGAAGAGUAUCACUGAUACUGUAGGCAGAAAAAGGGAUAAUGAUCUUCACCGGUUGCUUUUUUUGCCAAAUGGACUUCCAGAUGGUGUAGAGUUGGCCUACUAUUCCAAAGGACAGAGAUUGCUUGAUGGCUAUAAGCAGGGAAAUGGUAUAGUGUGUAGUUGCUGCAACAAUGAGAUCAGUCCCUCACAGUUUGAAGCUCAUGCUGGAUGGGCAACCAGGCGUCAACCCUAUCGUCACAUCUAUACAUCUAACGGACUUUCACUUCACGAUUUAUCCAUGUCAUUAGCAAACGGACAAAAUAUUGCUACUGGUGACAGUGAUGAUAUAUGCACAGUAUGUGGAGAUGGAGGGGAAUUGAUCCUUUGUGAUGGAUGUCCUCGGGCUUUUCAUACAGCAUGUUUGGAAUUACAGUGCAUACCAGAGGGUGAUUGGCACUGUCCAUAUUGUAAAGAUAAAUUUGGGCCUGGUAGAAAGACAGGUUGUGGUGAAUCCUCAAGUGCUGCACGGCCCAUUACCAUAAGGUUGACACGAGUUGUUAAAGCACCAGCAGCUGAAAUUGGUGGUUGUGUUGUUUGCAGGGCCCACGAUUUCAGUGUGUCAAAGUUUGGUGAGCGAACUGUUAUUCUUUGUGACCAAUGUGAGAAGGAGUACCAUGUUGGUUGUUUAAGGGCCAGUGGAUUAUGCGAUCUUAAGGAACUACCUAAGGGGAAGUGGUUUUGUUGUGAGGAUUGCAGUAGGAUCCAUUCUACACUACAGAAUUUGCUACUCAGUGGAACUGUGAUGAUUCCACCAUCAGUAUCGAGCAUAAUAAACAAGAAGCUUGUAGAAAAAGGCCUAACAAAUGAAGCUCACAAUGAUGUGCAAUGGCAACUUCUAAGUGGGAAAAUGGACUCUUCAGACCAUCGCCCAUUGCUUUCCAAGGCUGCUGCAAUCUUUCGUGAAUGCUUUGAUCCUAUAGUUUUGUUCGGUCGCGAUCUAGUACCUGCUAUGGUUUAUGGGAGAAAUUUAGCUGGCCAAGAAUUUGGGGGAAUGUAUUGUGUUGUUCUGUCUGUAAAUUCUGUUGUUGUAUCAGCUGGAAUUUUAAGAAUUUUUGGCCAGGAGGUUGCAGAACUUCCUUUGGUAGCUACAAGUAGACAAAAUCAAGGAAAGGGUUAUUUUCAAGCAUUGUUUUCAUGCAUUGAGCGGUUAUUAUGUUCCUUGAAAGUGGAAAAUCUUGUUCUCCCUGCUGCCGAGGAAGCCGAAUCAAUCUGGAUGAAUAAAUUGGGCUUUAGGAAGAUGACAGAGGAACGACUGAUGAAGUAUACGAAGAAUCUACCGCUGAUGGGUUUCCAAGGAACUUCAAUGCUAGAGAAGGCAGUGUCCCAAAUAAUAGACUAGCAGUCUCUUUGUAGCAACAACUAGAUUGUAUGUUAUUUUUUUAAAUUUUUUGUAUUUUUGCUGCCAUUUUGUUCCACGGGCAGCCAGAUUUAUUGAUGUUGGUUCCGUGUAAAGAUGGAUGGAUGCACUCGUGCACAAUGCAUGAGCCUGGUAAUAGGCCAAUAUUGACGCAUGCAGAGCGUAACCCUGUUGGUCUAUUAAUGCAUUAUUUGUUUGUUUAAAUGGGAGAUUUAAUUUGUUGUUUCCCUUGUCCCA